AUGCCCACCAAACACCCCUUACCUGACAGACCUGUUAAUGUCUCCGCAGCUCUUCCACUCUCUGCCGGCAGCAUGGCUGUGUCUGGUGGCCUCAUUUACAGCGGCGUCUGGAAACAGUCCAAGCGAUUUGGGUAUUUCCCUAAACUGCUUUUGGCGGGUAUUGUGGGUUAUGCAGUAGGCAAAGCUUCCUAUGCCGGGACCUGCAGAGAGAAGUUCAACAGUAAACUGGGACCUGAGUUCGCCAAAGGGUUUAGUCCUCCUGGAUUUGGACCUGGUGGCUCUAAACCUGGACAUAAACACUGCAUCCAUGUGUGUGAAAAGUGCAAGCAAGAAGAAGCACAAGCCACAGCAACAGCACCUGAUGCACCCACUCAGAGCUAAGAGUCUUUGGAAUGCGCAGGACAUCACUCAUUACCCCAUGUCAUUUUUAAAAGAAAAAA